AUGACGUUAGUUUCUAUGUUUUUUAUCUAUUUAAAUGCAAUAACACAUACGAAAAAUGUUAGCGAACAACAAGUCAAACCAAAUGUUUAUUACAAUAUUGCUUUUUAUUUGCAAUAUGUUUCCAAAAGUCGCGUACGAUUUGGUUAUUUAUCCAAAAUAUCAGCACUGACUUCAAUUAAAUUUCCUCAACUUGAACAAUAUCGUCAAACAUAUAAUCCAGCUAAUCCACAAUGUCGAUGUCAUCCGCAUCAUGCUACGAUUAUUGAACCUCGAAAUGAUUGUUUUCAUAGAUCAGAUACAUUAUUUAUUAGUUUUGCUGGUGGUGCUCUGCUUGUUGGAGGAUUUACAUUGACAGAAUGGAAAUCAACAUUUACAAAAUUUAAUUUACAAGCGGAUACAUUAUUUUUAACUGAUCCCGCACAAUCAUUUUAUUUGCAAGAUCCAACCUAUUCAUGGCAAGGAUUGAAAUAUUAUCGAUCUUUAAUACAAAAAUAUUCUAAAUUAUAUAAGCAUGUUAUACUAAUUGGCGCUUCAAUGGGAGCAAGUAUGGUUUGUAUGUGUAGCGAUCUUGCUACACUUUCAGUUGCAUUCAAUCCAA